AUGUUAGCAACAGCUGAUGCAUUUGACACGCUCACCUUCCACACCACUGAUGCAUUUGACCCGCUCACCUUCCACGCCGCUGAUGCAUUUGACCCGCUCACCUUCCACACCACUGAUGCAUUUGACCCGCUCACCUUCCACGCCGCUGAUGCAUUUGACCCGCUCACCUUCCACGCCGCUGAUGCAUUUGACCCGCUCACCUUCCACACCACUGAUGCAUUUGACACGCUCACCUUCCACGCCGCUGAUGCAUUUGACCCGCUCACCUUCCACGCCGCUGAUGCAUUUGACCCGCUCACCUUCCACGCCGCUGAUGCAUUUGACACGCUCACCUUCCACGCCGCUGAUGCAUUUGACCCGCUCACCUUCCACGCCGCUGAUGCAUUUGACCCGCUCACCUUCCACGCCGCUGAUGCAUUUGACACGCUCACCUUCCACGCCGCUGAUGCAUUUGACCCUCUCACCUUCCACGCCGCUGAUGCAUUUGACCCGCUCACCUUCCACGCCGCUGAUGCAUUUGACCCUCUCACCUUCCACGCCGCUGAUGCAUUUGACCCGCUCACCUUCCACGCCGCUGAUGCAUUUGACCCUCUCACCUUCCACGCCGCUGAUGCAUUUGACACGCUCACCUUCCACGCCGCUGAUGCAUUUGACCCGCUUACCUUCCACGCCGCUGAUGCAUUUGACCCGCUCACCUUCCACGCCGCUGAUGCAUUUGACCCGCUCACCUUCCCAUGGGUUAAAGUUGAAAAAAUUCCUGAGCCUGAACCAUCUAUAUGA